AUGGAAGAGAGUGAGAGUAACAAAGAGCUUGACACUCAAAUUUUUUCGACGAAAGAGCAAAUAAAGAGUUUGGAAAAUCUUUUGGAACAGGCAAAAUUGCAUCUUGCGGCUUUACAGUCCAAGAGAAACGGCAAAAAGGUUGAGUGUGUACCAAACGAAACAGUUGUAGACAAAGUAAUAUUGAGAUUUUUGAUCAAGUCCGAAGAAAACGAGAGGUGGAUCGACUGCGGCACUGAAGACGUCGAAAAGGAGGUGGCUCUAGUUAAAGAAAACUACAAAUUGGAUGGUGAUAAUUUGGAGCUCGUCAGACGCUACAUACAAGAUUUCAAAAAAAUGAAUGCUAUUUAA